AUGUCAUCUAGUGGUGGUAUCAUUUCCACCGAAAUAUCGGACCCAACAGAGUUUUUAAACACUUCAAUACCGGCUUUAGCUGAUUUAGACAGCUUACUGCGAUGUUAUAUUUGUAAAGAUUUUUUGAAAUCACCAGUAUUAGGUCAAUGUGGUCAUACCUUUUGCUCAUUAUGCAUUCGUGAGUAUCUAAAUAAAGAGAGCAGGUGUCCCUUAUGCCUGUCAGAAUUAAGGCAAACUAUGCUGCAGAAGGAAUUUGUUCUUGGAGAAAUGGUAGCUUGUUUUAAUGGUUUGAGGAAACGGUUACUGGAUGAACUAAGUUCAGAUUCACGAGCUGAUAGCCAACCAAAAAGGGCAGUUAAAGGGUGUAAAAACGAUGAGAAUUCAUUUGAUGAUGACCUUCAAAUACUGUCUGCUACAGAAUAUUCGUCAGGAUUUAAGAGACCAAGUCCAGGUAAUAAUGAUGGUAAAGGUGCAGCAAAGAUUCAAAAGGUUAAAGCAAAUAGUAUAAAGUCAUUGCUGAGCAGAAGACGAGAAAAAGAGGAAAAAGUGGUUUGCCCCGUAUGCAGUAAGUAUUAUGAAAAGGAUUUCCUAGAGCGUACGCAUCUCGACGAGUGCCUGAGUAUGGGAGCUUUGCAUAGCGAUGAGGAGGUUGUAAGUUCAGAGAAUUCUGAUUUCAACGACAAUAAUACUGAAAAGAAAAAGGAACCCAUUAUUAUAGAAGAACAGGAUCACAUUAUAGCGGCGGAAAAGAACACUUCGCCUGAGUUGCAGUUAAGCGAUGUGAGCCAGUAUACGAAAAGGUACCUGGAGUCUGGGAUGCGGCAGAAAAAUUCAAGACUUCCUAAGUUGCAUUACUCAUCUUUAUCUACAGCUCAGCUGAAGCAAACGUUGUCAGAGCUUCAUUUGCCAGUGACAGGAUCAAGACAACAGAUGAUCAAUAGAUACAAUCAUUAUGAAAUUUUAUGGAAUAGUAAUUUCCUUGACUCCAUAAAACCGGUAGAUGAGCAUGAACUAAGAAAGAAUUUGGCAACAUGGGAAUUAUCACACAAUGGUGAUACUUCGGCUCCCAAUGUAGGCGGUAUUACCAACAUGUUGCGCGGCAAAUCUAACAAUAGCACUACCGCAGCCCUCAUGAAGAACUUUAAAACGGACUUAUUUGAUCGCGUUGCAUGGAGGGAAUUAUACAGGAAUGAAUUUAAGAAACUCAUACGAGAAGCGAGAAGAGGACUUAAAAAAUCCACGGAUACUCAAUCAAAUGGUUCAAGGGAAACGCCAUUGACUCUUCAAGAUCAUAAUGCAAUCUCCGAAGUAGCAAAUAAUGGUAAACUACCUGAAGAAAGUUUGAAUGAAAAACAGGAUACAGAUGUAACACCAUGA